AUGAGUGGGGACGCAAGCGACGGCUUCCGCGUCGUGAUCGCCGGCGGAGGUGUUGCUGGGCUGACGCUGGCGAAUGCCCUCGAGCAAGCCAAUGUUGACUAUGUCCUGCUGGAACGACGUGACGAGAUUGCGCCCCAGGUUGGGGCCUCCAUUGGGAUAUUCCCGAACGGUGCACGGAUUCUCGACCAACUUGGCGCGUGGGAAAACGUCAACAAACUCACGGAAGUUCUUCGUGUGUUCCAGAACCGAGACGGCAAGGGGAAUCCCAUAAGCAAGCCGGACCGUAGCCCCCAGCUUCUCGAUGCCCGGACCGGAUACCCUCCCGGAUGGGGUGAGCGCCAGAACUUACUCCGUGUGCUCCACGAGACUCUCAAGGACCCGAGCAAGCUCCACGUAAACAAGAAUAUCGUUGAUAUCCAGCAGGAUGCCGACGGUGUGCAGGUCCGCUGUGCAGACGGCACCAGCUACUCCGGGCAUCUGCUCGUAGGUGCCGACGGCGUUUUCAGCAAGACCCGCAGCAAGAUCUGGGAGCUGGCCGAGCCCACGCAGCCUAAGCUCGUGGAGGCAGACCGCAAGUGUAUGAUCGCCGAGUACAACUGUCUCUUUGGCAUCUGUCACGGCGUUGACCACCCCGCCAUUAAGGCCGGCGAUGCGAACACUUCGUACAGCCCUGGCCGUUGCGCGCUCACCAUCGCUUCCGAAGGCGGAAAAGUCUACUGGUUCGCCCAAGAGCGUCUCCCUCGUACAUAUCACCUCGAUGACAUCCCGCGGUACACUCAGGCCGAUGCGGACGACUUUGUGAAGCGGCACAGCGACAUUGUGCUGAUCGGCGGGGAGCACCCGCUGACCCUGCCUGACCUUUGGGAGAAGACUGUGACGGCCCGUUUGGUCGCUGUCGAAGAGGCCAAGUUCCGGCUCUGGCACUGGGGCCGGAUCGUGUGUGCUGGCGACAGCAUCCAUAAAUCGACUCCCAAUCUUGGUGUUGGCGGCAAUGCCGCGAUCGAGAGCGUGGCCUCACUCGCCAACGGCAUCAAGCAGCUCGCUGACUUGACGCGUGAUCGCCAACGGCCCUUGCCGAGUCUCGAACAGGUUGAGACCAUGCUGGUUGCAUACCAAAAGGAGCGGGAGAACCGUGCGAACGCCGUAGUCGACGCGUCCGGUUUCCUCGCCCGUGCGCAGAACAUGCACGGCCUGAACCGGUGGUUUGUGACCUUCCUGCUGCCUCAUUUCUCGGAAUUCGUCCCCGACCUCAUGAUUAACACCAUCAUCGGCGCCGUCAAACUCGAUUACCUCCCGCUUCCCAUGGCUUCGCUCACCUCCACCACGCCUUUCAACCCUACCCAAGGCGACGGGAUGCGCGAGAGCCGGCUCAAGCGCGCCGUGCUGGCGCUGUCCCUCCUGGGUAUCUGUGUUGCCGCGUUUAUUAUUAUGAACGUUGAACCGGCCUUGGAAUGGGCCGCUGCCCUGCGCGAUGGCGGGGUGUUGAAGCUGCCCGAUUCUAAUGUUGAGAUUCCCGUGAUUAGGUCGUUUUAUGGUCUCAAGGGGUUUGACGACUUUGUGGCCUUGGUCAACACCUUUUUCUUCUCGGCUCUCUAUGACAUCGAUGCGGGUGCCCGGCAGCAGGUGAUUUCGUUCCUGACCGACGGCAUGGUGCUGUUGACUAUCUGGUACUUUGAGGCAGCCAGGCGGGCGAAUAUGCUCACCAUUCUGGAAUGGCCUGCUCUCUUCGCUCUCCUGGGUCAACUUUUCGGCAUCGGCCUCAUAGCCCCAAUCUGGUGUUUCCUGCACUACGUCAUCUCCCCCAUCGAGAAGUACGCCGCCCUCGACCAGCGCCUGACCAACACCCGCACCAGUUUCGCCUCGCUUCCCGCCGUAGCCCUCUUUUAUCUUUUCCCGGUCUACGCCAUGCUCGUCUGGCCUGACUUCACCUUCCGCCAAUCAAUCCUCUUUGUCUGGCAGCUAUACCCGAUCUGGAUGGCCCUCGGAAAGAAGGUCUUCUCGGCUCUCCUCUUCAAGGACACGAUGGACCAAGACAAGCUGCACAACCUCCGCAAGGACAUCCCCGUCAUGAAAUACUACCUGCGCGUGGCUGGCAUCGCGUCUGCCGGCGUGUGGUGGUGGACGCUGGCCAGCUUCGGGUUCCAGGCGAUGAUUCCCUCGGGCCUUCCGCAGAGCGCACCGGACCUGUUUGCGUUCGCGGACCAGUUCCUGCGGUGGGACUGGGCGGGCGGAUUCGGUUCAUCUCUGGUGUGGUUGGCGUACUUGUUCUGGGAUCUGAGCGCCGCGGGCAUGUUGCGGGAAGGGUGGUUUAAGGUGGUCGGGCUGGGAUUGGUGAGUGCAGUGUUGCUUGGGCCGGGCGCUACGAUGGCGUUGGGGUGGUUGUUUAGGGAGGAUAUUUUGGCUACGAGGAGACAUAAAGCGGCAUUGACGCCGGAGAGUGUGGGGAGGUUGCAUGGUAAGUCUAUCUAA